GAUUUCCUACUUAAGUAAUAAAAAAAUUCUUAGCUAAGAAAAAUACUUAAGUAUCAAUUCAUAAAAAAGUUAAGCACUGUUCUUAGCUAAGUACAGUUCUUAGUAAUUUAGAAAACUUAAGUUGAGUCACCCUAGCAACGCAUAGUAUUUCCCAAACUAAAGGUGGAACUCUUGUGCGAUGGAGGUCGUAUUUUUAACAUGUUUUACGUCACAUCUGUCAAAUUUCGCAGACGUAAACAUGGAAAGCCACAAACUCAAACGAAAGCCAAACUGGAGUAGUGAGGAGUCCUUGGCACUCACUACUCUUGUUGAAGAAUACAAGGAUGUUGUGAGAGGGAAACUAAGUCCCCAGUUAACCUCUCAAAUGAAGUCGAAAGCGUGGGGGGAGAUUGCGGUAAAACUUCGUGCUAUGAGUGUUGGGCCAACUCGAACGGCAGCAGAAGUUGAGAAAAAGUGGCACAACAUCUUCUCGAAGACAAAAACGGAGAUUUCCAACCACAGACGUAUAAUUACUGGUACAGGUGGUGGUCCUCCUCCGAAGUCAUUGAGUGCUGUAGCGGAAGCUGUUACUAGUGUAAUUGGGGCAAAUAACACUUGCCUAAUGGGUAUAGAGGGAGGCAUUGAUACGUCCCUGCUAAACCUAGAUAUACUUGGUGAUGAAUCUGUGGGAAUCCAUGUAAUUGAAGGACCUCCAGAUACAGAUCCCCACAUUCUUGGAUCAACUCCCCUAGAAGUAACAUCUGUCCUGGAGUCUUCAUUGCCAUUGGUAACCUCAGGCAAUAGCAGCAGGGACAUUAACCUGAAAAGAAAAAUGGAAGAACUAACUUGCAGGAAGCUGGAACUAGAAGUCCAGUAUUUGGAAAUGAAAAUAAGAAAGCUUAAAAAAGAGGAAUGAACCAUCCUUAGAUUAAGAGACUGAUCAAUAUUUUUGCUGUUGUUUGUCAGCAUCUUCAGGCAGUUCAGAUUCAAGUAUUCAAAUUCAUGGCCACUGUGGUUAGGGUGAGACCAGAGUAGGGGAAACAUUUUAUAUGUGACUAUCAGAAUAUGAUAUAUUUUAAAAACUAUUUUCUCAAUAGAAUCAAAGUUGCAAGCAUUGUCGAAUGUUCAUAUUAGUUCAUUUUGUGAACCCUGAGUGUAGGAUAGGGCCACAAUAAGGGAUCAGAGUUGUACAUGGGAUUAUAUAUUUAAGUUUAAUUUUAAGUCUUUAAAAAUCUUCUUAUGCACUGCUAGCUAUGAUUAUAGUCAUGAUGAUAAGCAAGCAUCCUCUGCUAUUGUAUAUUCAGUUUAUUCAAAUCAUGGCUCUAGAGGGUACAGUGGGGCCACAACAAUGGAUCAGAUUUUUACAUGUCAAUAUAUUGGAAACAUUUUUUUUAGAAAUCUUUUAAAGAACUGCAGGGCCAUGGUUAUCAUAUCAAUGUAGUAUAGGAAGAGGAGAACAAUUAUAAGAACAACUUAACAGAUAACAACCCAAAAACAAACUGUAACUUUUUUCUUACUGUGUGUUACGAUUUUUUAAUAACUGUAAAUCUUAUAUGACUUUUUAAGGAAAUUUUGCAUAUUCAUAUAAACUGUUAAUUUUUUCAGUUUCCAUAAAGCUUGAUAGUUUGUGACAUUGUUUAUCAAAGAAUUAUUUCAUUCUCAUUACUAUAUAUAAGUCAAAUUGAAUCCCUAAAAUUGAUUGUUUUUCAUUGCAAUGAGUUGUCAUUACAUGAAUGACUAUAUAUAUAUGUGACUUAAUUGUCCAAAAUUUAUUGUUUUACAUUAAUUAUGAGUAUCAUAUUACAGAUAUAACUAUAUCGACAAAUUUCUGUUACAACAUAUUUUUAAAAUAAUUUACAAGACAUACAAUUAGUACUUGUAUAUGGUAACUGUUAAAACUCUGCUCGCUCUUAUGAAAUUUGUAAAUGUGAAGUUUGUGUAUGUGUGAUACCAGAAUUUUUGCAUUCUGAAGAAAACAUGAAUGAAAAGUAUUUUUUUAAAAAUUUAGUUGCACACUGUAUACCAGUAAAAUAUAUGAAAUAUAAUAUCUGCCUUUGACUGUUAUUCAUGAAAAUUAUUUAUCAAUUUAUUUGACUCAAUUUUGUAUAAUUCUUAAACUAAAUAAAUUGAUGAUCAUGAUAAAACACAUGUCUGUAGUAGAUUUGUUUUCAUUCUGGCCAAAAUUGAAAUAUGUUUGUUUGUCCAUUUCUGAUUGGAGGAUUAUAGACAAUAGUUAAGAGGGUAGGAAAUAUUUUACAUGUACUUUUUUCUUUCUUUUUUUAAAUUUUGAUACAAUAAUCAAUUGGUAUUAGUAUAAAGUAAUGUUGAAUGUCUGAUUUAAAGAAAAAGAAAUUUAAUGUAUACUAAAAUGAUUUAAAAGGAAAACAGGGGUUGAAAAUUAUCAUCAGUAGGUCAGAUAUAAGGGCAAACAAACAAUUUCUGAAACAAAGCCACAUUUAAUAAUGCAUGAAUUCAGUUUUUAAAAUAUGUGAAAUAUAAUUUUUAUGCCCUCCUUUGAAAAAGAGGGGGCAUAUUGUUUUGCACCUGUCGGUCGGUCGGUCUGUAGACCAUGUGUUGUCCGCUCAAUAUCUUGAGAACCAUUCACUUGAUGAUAAUGAUAUUUCAUAUGUGGGUUAGUUAUGAGUAGAAGAGGAUUCCUAUUGUUUUUCAGGUCAAAAGGUCAAAGGUCAAGGGUCAAUCUACUCUGGACAUAGGAAUAUAAUGUCCGCUCAAUAUCUUGAGAACCCUUUGCUUGAAAGACAUCAAACGUGGUACACUGGUACGUCUUCAGGAGAAGACGACCCCUAUUGAUUUUCAGAUCACAUGGUCAAAGGUCAAGGGUCAAACUGGACAUUGGAAUAUACUGUCUGCUCCAUAUCUUGAGAACCCUUUGCUUGACAGACAUUAAACUUGGUACACUGGUACGUCUUCAGGAGAAGACGACCCCUAUUGAUUUUCAGAUCACAUGGUCAAAAGUCAAGGGUCAAAUUGGACAUAGGAAUAUACUGUCCGUUCAAUAUCUUGAGAACCCUUUGCUUGACAGACAUCAAACUUGGUACACUGGUACAUCUUCAGAAGAAGAUGACCCCUAUUGAUUUUUAGGUCACAUGGUCAAUCCACUCUUGACAUAGGAAUAUAUUGUCUGCUCAAUAUUUUGAAUUGAUGAUACUACUCUCAAUUAAAUGAUGUGUGUGUGUGUAUAACCCUUUUCAAUUUUGCACCA